AUGCCUCCUAGAGCUGCCAGAAAGUCGAAAAACCAGGGAGACACCGAUCAAUCAACCUCAACCCCAAAGAAAGGUCGAAAAGCAGCCGUAAAGAUCGAAACCACUGAGGUUGUCGCGAAAUCCCCAGCCAGAUCAAGCAAAGCCACCAAGAAAGUCUACAAAGAAGAAUCAGACUCGGAAGUCGACGAUAUCGAGUUGCCAGAGAAGACACAUUCAACGAAGGUUAAGAUCAAUAGAGUCACAGCGAAGGCUGUUGUUGAGGAGAAACCCAGGCCGAAGUCUGCGAAAAGGAAAUCACAAGCCGACGGCGAGGACAAGGACGAAGUAGACGCAGAUGAUAAGAAGGUCAAAAAGAAGCGCAAGACCAAAGAAGAAAAAGAAGCCGAGGCUAUGCCACUUGCUGCUCGGACUGUGAUCGGAACAUUGAAGCAUGCCAUGCACAUCGGUGCUCACGUCUCUGCUUCCGGAGGUGUUCAGAAUUCCAUUAAUAAUAGUUUGCAUAUCGGUGGCAACUCUUUCGCCCUGUUUCUCAAGUCACAACGGAAGUGGACGAGUCCUCCUCUUGCACCCGAAGCUCGAGAUCAAUUCAAGGCGUUCUGCUUGGAGCACAAAUAUGAUGCAGCCAAGCAUGUCCUCCCUCAUGGCUCAUACCUUGUGAAUCUGGCACAAGCGGAUGCUGAGAAAGCGGACCAGGCAUAUACAUGUUUCUUGGAUGAUCUACAGCGUUGCGAGGCUCUGGGCAUCAUGCUCUAUAAUUUUCACCCUGGUAGUACGGGAGGUAAUCCUCGCCCGGAAGCAAUCGCACGUAUCGCGGCACAGCUGAAUAAAGCGCACAAGGCAACCAAGACAGUGGUCACAGUCCUGGAGAAUAUGGCAGGUGCCGGCAAUGUGAUUGGUUCAACGUGGGAAGACCUUCGAGACAUUAUUGAUCUUAUUGAAGACAAGUCUCGUGUGGGUGUUUGCAUAGACACAUGUCAUACUUUUGCUGCAGGCUACGAUCUACGAUCUCCCGAAGCAUUCAAGAAAACGAUGGACAGCUUCUCGGAGAUCGUCGGUAUAUCCUAUCUCAAAGCUCUUCAUCUGAAUGACAGCAAAACCCCAUUGUCGUCUAACCGAGAUCUGCAUGCAAAUAUUGGUACAGGGUUCCUUGGUUUGCGAGCUUUUCAUAAUGUGGUAAACUUUGCUUCCUUCCAAGAUCUCCCGAUGGUUUUGGAGACGCCAAUCGAAAAGAAAGGACCAGACGGAAAAACGAUCGAGGAUAAGAAUAUUUGGGCCUCGGAGAUUAAGUUACUCGAAAGUCUUGUCGGUGCUGAUGCAGACACGAAAACCUUUCAAGAAGAAGAGCAGCGAUUGCAAGACAUCGGUGCCGAGGAGCGAAAGAAGUUCCAAGGCCAAGUGGACAAGAAGAAACAGAAAACCUUGGACUCCAUGUUCAAGAAGGCUUCGCCAAAGAAGAAGAAGUCCAAGAAGGAUGAUGUGGCAGACGCUGAUGAGAGCGAGGGUGGAUGCAGUCAUUGA